AUGGACACCGCCUCCGCCGCUGAACCAAGCCCACCCCCGCGACUCCGUGAUGCUGUGAAGGCGGAACCGAGCACAGAAGACGAGCGUGGGCAGCAGCAGCUGUCUCGUCAUCAAGACGUCGCUUCUUCGGCCUCCGCGUUGGACUUUCUCGCGCUGUGGCGACCUUCCGCGGCGUCGUCAUCUCGACACGCUGCCGCACUCACUAACGCGAAACAGGCCGAGGAGGUGAAAAGGGCACAGCUGUCUUCGUCCUCUCCCCCGUCGUCCGCGCUGGAUGCACCGACGCGUGUCUGCGACCCGCGCCUGGGCACUCUGUCCAUCGGAUCGGUGGUCUUUGCACCCUAUCGCGUGUGCACUGAACGCCCGGUGCGCGGUGGCUUGUCGCCGUGUGUGACUGGCGGCAUUGUCAGUGGAUCUCCGGUCACUGCAGCAGCGCCGCACCAGCUGAUGCCACCACCACCCCCUCCCUAUCGCUUACAUUACGCGCUCGCGGAGGUGACGGGUAUUCAGGUGAUGGCCGGUACUGUCACCGUGUCUUUCCUCUUUACGGAUCCAGGCAUCGACGACGAGGCCGUGUCGAUGUACGAAUGCGUGCCGUGCCCGCCCGCAUGUCUCUCACGGUGGCUUCUCGAGGAAAACAGCCCUGCACCACAACGCUGUUCUCUGCUGGAGCGCGUCUUGCACGUCACUCCGCCGGAGGGACCUCUCCCGGUGAAUGACGUCUACCGGGCCCUCCAUGCGCCGUCCCCCAAGCUCACCUCUGCACCGGGAUUAUCACCGUUGCUGGUUCAGCGGCAGCGGCAACGGGAGCGUUGCGUGGGGCGGCUCCGUCAACUCUACUGCCUCAGCGAUGACGACGACGAGCACCCGGACACCACGAUGGCACGCAACUCCAGAGGUGUGGCACAAGGCGCAUCAGAGGAAGACAUGGCAGCGAAGCCUGUCGCACUCGAACCCACCGCCGCAACGGCCACUCCCUCCUCGGCCGCAUGGCGAUUUCUGUCGACUGGUACUACUGACAAGGCAGCUUUGACGGUCGGCAGCGGGGGGACGACGACUCCUGCCGCGUCAGCCGCCACUAUGUUUGCCCGCUACGUCGCCCCGACUAGCGUGCAUGUCUUUUUCUCCGGCAUCUUCCAGGAGGUGAACGCGUACAUGGAGCAUCACUGCAGCCGUCACCGCCGCCAUGCCCUCACAGACCCCACGGCAGACCCUCUCGCCUCUCCAAGUCGGCGGCUUCGUCGCGGCGUCGCCGCUGCCAACGCCGCGUCCCCACCGCCACUCAUUCUCGUCAUCUUCGACAGCUACGCCACCCUGCGUCGUUUUCACGUCUUCAUGACGGUGCGCGGCCACGUCGUGCAGCUGCUCGACGGUACCCACGCAGGCAGAGCUCUCCCAUCGCCGCAAACGUCGCACGCGUUCGGAGCGCAGUGCAAGAUCUGGCUGUGCAUGCUGCGCGAUGAUACCGGAGAAGAGGUUGUGGAAGAGGAGGUGACGAAGGAAGAUGGUUCCUCAAUCACCAGGGCCAGUGCUGGUGAAGAGAGCGCGGAGGUAGUGCAGGCAGUGGCACUCAUGGAAACGCAGCUGCGCUGUUUGCUCGCAGCUGCGCCGCCCGUCGACGCACUUGUCAGCUUCAAGGAGCACGUCACGCAGCAGCAGCAGCAAGUCACAGCGGAGGCGGUGCUGCAGCGACUUAUUCCGCACCUCGGGGAAGACCGCCUGGAGUGUGUUCUGCAGGACGUCCCGGCACCGCCCCCGCGGCCAACCCCGGUCGGCAACAACGCAGCUGCUUCCCCUUCAGGGACGACGCAGCCGCCGCCAUCUACGGCACCCGCCACUACCGUUGUCAAGGUUUCCGGUGCCGUCUUCGGCGAUAACAAGAUUCUCGUCCCGUGCAGCCCCGAGCAACUGACCCUUCUCUCCACCGUGUUGGCGAGCACCCCUGUAGCGGUGUGUCGGGAAACGGGUGAUGGCGGCGCUGCUGAGGGGGGCGGUGAAACUGCAGGACAGCGCAAGUGUUCUCCCACCAAGAAGGCUAAUCGGAAACGUCCACGAGUGAUGGGGACGGCAGACUCCUCGUCCGAAGCGGCUGCAGCAAGAGCCCAAGCGCUGACCCCAGCCCUCCUAGAGAGGAUUGCCCUCGGCAGCUUCACAGACGCCGCGGCAGCGACGCUUUUCGAUGUUUUUGCAGACGCCACAGCGGUCGUGAUGAAGGCACCUGACCCCUCCUCCGCGGAUCUGCCCGGGACCGCCGGCGACGCGCACCGCGGCAGCAGUGAUGGAAGAGGUGCCGCAACGGUACUAAGCACCAUCGAGGACCUUUACGAGAAGUGGUGCGUCGACCCAUCGCGGUUCGGUGAAGCGUUCCCGGUGUUUGCGGCGGUGUACGCACUGGUAGCGGACGUCUUUGCCAGCGUAAGUCGCUUCCGGCCCGGCAGACCACGUAGCACGAGUGGGUGGGGCACCGGCAUCGGCGACGACGGGCCGCGGCGGCUCUCCACUGGGCCACUGGAGUCUGCCCCGUCACUUGAACAGGCCGCAGAGAUGAAAGCCUCGACAGUGACGCAGAGACGCUUACCGACGCCGUCGCCUCCCUAUGAACUCCCUCGCGGCCGCCUCGGUGCGCUCCUUAGGGCUCUCCCCCGCAUCGCGCUAGUGCUCCCACGCGGCAACCCCACCCAACACCCCAACCUCGGCACACAGCAGUAUCUUCGCACGCUCCGCGCUUUCUUUUCACCCUGGGCGGUGCACGAGGUCAGCUCCCCGGCCGCUUCUGUGGCCGUCAGCUGCGCGGCACCGGUGCUGUGGCACCAGCGCGGCGGUCUUCUUCUCCUUUUCUGCGACGAGGCCACCACGCAGCUUGGUGCCUUGCAGGACGAGGCGGACGUCGUGAUCGCGUGUGGCAAGGCGGCGGCUGCGUGGGUAGCAGCGAAUAGUGCGACGAAGGCCGGCAGCGGUGACGGUUGCAAAGUUGCUGCCGCUGGUCCGCUGCUGUUCGCCGUCAUCUCAGAGGCGGAGGUGGUGGCGCCGACAGACCACCUCACCCACCUGUGGCUUCCCAUCACUCUUGCUUCACCGACCUGCAUGGGAGAGGGCCACGCGCCCGCUGACGUGUCGACUUCAGCGGACGGGCUCGAGCGGUGCAGUGAGUGGCCGGCAAUGUCGAAGGAGGAGACGUCGCGCACCGAGCUAGAGGAAAUGUGGAGGCUCCUCGUUGCAACGGUAAGCGCAGAUGGGAGUGUCGACGUGUCUGCACGCCCAUCAUCGCCUCUACUACGGCAAGACCAACAACAACAUGGCCAGACGCUGCGCAGCACCGGCGCGGCUGCUCGCCGACUUCACCAAGUCGAGGUGCUGCCCAGAACCCUGCGGCAAGCCGUGGUGCUCUGGCGCCACCUCCAGGCUGCUGAUCCCAACCUGUGCGGUAGGCAACGCCAAAGCUGUGCGUCACCAUCCGAGUUCGACAAUGAAGGGCCGUGGGGCACGCUGCAGGCAGUCGUGAAGGAAAUGGCCCUGAGCUGCGUCACGGCAACGCCAGUUCGCAUGACGGACGUGACCCUCCUCCGCGGCAACGAUGACAGCGCGUGA